AAAACGUUGAACCUGAUACAUUUAAUCUUACAGACAACCUUAACUCUUCCAAUGGUUCUAUGAGAGUAGAAAGUUUGAAUGCAAUUAAUUACACCGAUAGCUCUGAAACUCCUUCAAAUGAUCCUGACAAACCCAAUCCCAUAUACGUCCCAAAUCCCAUAUGCGUCCCAAAUCCCAUAUGUGUCCCAAAUCCCAUAUGUGUCCCAAAUCCCAUAUGUGUCCCAAAUCCCAUAUGCGUCCCAAAUCCUAUAUAUGUUCCAAAUCCCAAAUAUAUUUAUUAA